AAAAUGCGAAUCAGCACAGUGACUUUAUUAAGGCAGUAGAUAAAGUAAUCUCUGUAUCUGAUCAUGAUGAAAUCAUGCAAGUUGUCCCUGAAGUAAUUGCUGGAAACAUUCCAAUUUUGUUGAAGUUGAUGUCCUCGUCAAGAGAUAGAGUUAUUUUACAAUUUUUGCUCUGUUGCUGCUUCUCUAAUACCAAAUUACAUCAGUUACUAGGUUAUACAUCAUCAACUGCAAACAGCAUAAAAACUCAAGUAGACAGUUUCCUUGUCCAAGCAGAAUUGCAUGAAACAGAAUCACAAAAACAUGCAGAAGAACAUAUUGUAAGCACCAUAUCAAGAUUGGAAGAAAUCAUUGAGAAAAGGGAAAAUCUCCUGGAAAGAAAGCGAAAACGUCUUGCCAUUGAAGAAGAAGAGGACUGGGACUAUGAUUUAAAACUCAAGCGGCAACGUGUGAUGAACCUGAAGAAUAGACCACCAACGAUAAAGAAAAGAAUUGCUCGAAGACAUUUCCAUUCCUGGAAAAAAUCCUUAAAGUCCCAACAGGGAAAAAACAAAGGCAUUUACAGAAUAGACAGAAGAGCAGAGAAGGCCAUUUUUAAAGUAUUGGAAGAACAAUUACAAGCACACAAGAGAAGAUGGGGUGAGGAAGGCACUGGAUAUUUGGAAAGUGAUGGGAAGCGACUUCACAAAAGGGACAUGAGAAGAAUAGCUAACAAGUUUCUAGAUGCACAUGGUAAAAGGCUCAUCAAGAGCAAUGAAACAGCAAGAUCUUGGGGAAGAUGCCGUAACAAACGCAGUAGACAAGCAAAGCAACAUCGAGGUGCGAACUUUUGGUCACAUAUGAGAACACAAAAAACCUUCAGGCAAUGUCAUGUUAAUGUUCAUUACAAUCGAGCUCACAUCAAGAACUACACACGCCUUGCCUUUGGUAAUGACACAGAUUGUCGUGAUUUAGUUGUCCGUCGAGCAAUAGACGAUAAGGCAUAUGUCAGAUGUGGUACAACUGAAGGAUUUUCAAGACCAAUUCACUGCCCUCUCCAAGUCACAGAAGAACCAUUUGAUUUACCAGCCUCUGAUUAUCCAGACACUGUUGGAUACGUAUCCCCUAGAGUGA